GCGCCUUUCACGAUACACGACUUUUGUGAUUACAGAAGCUCCACCAUCGCCUACAAUUGAUGCCUUGCUCUAGCCCUGGUAGGUUGAUGGGAGCUUGUGAAGCUGACAAACACCAUAUAGACUUCCACUGAUAUAAAGACGGGCCCAACGUACUGCGCUUCAGGUUUACUACAAAAGACUACUCUUGCUUCAGUAGCCUCGUCGAAGGACAUUGUUCUUUCAGUCCUGGGCUCAACAACAAUCAAUCAGUCUCCGAACUCACAUUUCCACGAUGGCAGACAUCCAACCCUUUACCAUCUCCAUCCCUGACUCCUCCCUGUCCGAUCUCAAGACUCGCCUAUCCCUCGCUCGAUUCCCUGAUGAGAUCGAUGGUGCAGGAUGGGACUAUGGCGCCCCUCUAGCAGACGUCAAACGGCUGACAAACCACUGGAAAGACCAAUACAACUGGCGAGAAGCAGAGAAGAAACUGAACACUGUCCCUCAAUACACCACCACAAUCCAAUGCGACGGUUUCGAACCGUUACGCAUCCACUUCAUCCAUGCGAAGUCAAAUAGAAAGAAUGCUAUACCUCUGCUUUUCGUCCACGGUUGGCCAGGCAGCUUCCUCGAAGCCAUCAAGAUAUGGGACAAAUUGUCGUCUCCCGAGCCCUCCUCUGACGCGCCAGCUUUUCAUUUCGUUGCUCUAUCCUUGCCCAACUACGGCUUCUCAGAAGGGCCCAAGAAGAAGGGGUUCGCAUUGGCCCAAUACGCUGAGACAUGCAACAAAUUGAUGCUCAAGCUCGGCUAUACCGAGUACGUCAGUCAGGGCGGUGAUUGGGGGUUUUAUAUCACUCGUGCCAUAUCGUUGUUGUAUCCAAAGAACUGCAAGGCCACACACGUGAAUAUGGACCAGGGCAAUGCUCCAAGUUGGACCCAACAUCCCAGUCUCGCUCUUCAGCACGCAAUCACUCCAUAUACGGCGGCAGAAAAGGAGGGAAUGGCGCGGACGAAGUGGUUCCUCGAGCAAGGCUCAGGCUAUCGUGCACAGCAGUCUACGAAACCACAAACUCUGGGCUACGCGCUUGCGGACUCUCCGGUCGCCCUCUUGGCGUGGAUAUACGAGAAAUUGCACGACUGGACAGACUCGUACCCGUGGACAGAAGACGAAGUCUGCACGUGGAUCAGCAUUUACUGGUUCUCCACCGCUGGACCGGCUGCGAAUCUGCGGAUAUACUACGAAGCUACCCAUGAAUGGGACGAUCCAACUACAAGAGUCACGCGAGAUCGGACGAGGGAGUACAUUGGCGGCGUCAAACUCGGGCUCAGCCAUGCGCCGAAAGAGCUGAGGGUCUUGCCGUCCAUUUGGACCAGGACCCAAGGCGACGUCGUGUUCGAGAAGACGCACGACAGCGGAGGACAUUUCUUUGCGUAUGAAAAACCCGAAUAUCUGAUAGGUGAUGUGAGGGAGAUGUUUGGCAAGAAAGGCGGUGCGUUCGGCGUGGUCAAAGGGCUGAAUGGCUACUGAGUGCGACUAGCAAAGGCCACGCAGUAUCCUGAUGCUGUUUGCUUGUCGUGCGAUUUUCUUCCCACCUCAAGAACAAUUGAAGAAAAGCCUCCCUCCGGCUUGGAGUUCUCAAAUUGUGAGACGGGCGACUCGCACUUGAAUUUUUCCCCUUCAGAUCUACGAAAAUGCUUUCACUAUUUUCCUGGCUACGGGGGAGCUUUGCUCGCUCUCAGAGUCCGGCCAGAUGGCAGCACCGACUGAUGCCAGUCAUGUAGAGACAGUCAAUCAUGAAAACCAACAGGAACGCCGUACCAAAUGGUAGGUCCUCACAAGUGGAUUCACGGCACCGCAAGACUCUUUCUCUUGGUCUAUUGAUAUCUGGUCUGAGGGUCCUCAGUACCAAAGUUUUGAACAACAGGUCCUCACCGUGGCCAGAGGAUAAACUACGUACCUUGCAUUCUUUCUCUUUUAUUACUCUUUCUCUUAUUCGAACAGACAAAAUCAUCACAGUCACUCAGUCAUACUCCAUUGCCAAUUGCGCCGUCCACAGCCCUCUGGAUACAACCUCUGCACGAUCACCCAUUCCGACUUGGAAAGGCCACCCGGGCGAUAGUUUCGAUUCCUUCCUCCCUCAUAACAAACCAAAAUAACCAACAUGAAUCUCAAAGUGCCCCCCAUGUCAAGAUUCGACACUACACCAAUCCUCACAACCCCUGGUCUGUCAGCUGUGGCCGCCGUGAGCGCGUUGCUCGCCCCUGUCCGGACGAAAUGGGACAGGUUCACUGAUAGACGACCACGCCCCAGGACCGUGGACGAAGACGGGGUGGUAUGGAUCGAGAUGAAGGAUAUGUCGGCACAUCGGAAACAAGCGGAGAAGGAGUUGCGGCUUGCUCAGCUGUCGUGAUGAGUGCGGGAGGAUGAUGCUGGAUACGACAAGCGUUGUUGCCGAUGGAUGCGAGGGGACUGAUCACAGCUUUUUCUGCCACAAGACACCCAAACAUAUUGUUGACUCGGGAGGUCAUCUGGAUGUCAUCGGUCUGUCCGUGGAUAUAUUUGAGAGGCGUCCACAUGGGACAAGUAAAUGGUCUGAGCGAUCGGUGGGAGAGGCACAAAGGGACAGCAGCGAGUCCAGCAAGUUGUUUGGAUAAGAACAAUCUAGGGUGGUCAACUUGUGAUAGCUGCAAUGACGGACCAGAGUGUCUCCCUAAGGCGUCGAGAUAGUACUGUACGAGAACAAUGAAAAUGGAAU